AUGACUGCAAGCGAAAAACUAGGUCAAAGCAGGAAAAGAGAAUCUGAAAUGGAUCUGUCUUUAGCAGAAGCGUCCUGUUUUUCUGUUCAGGAUAAAAUAGUUGAUUCUGUAAUCUCAAUUUCUUCUGUUGCUCCAGUAUAUGAUAAAACAGCAGCUUGUGAUACUGCUUUAAGAUCUGUAACAGAAGAAAAGGGUUUUCAGGCUUUGAGUGAUGGACCCUGGGCAAAAAGACCACGUCUUAAUCCUUCUGAGGAUAGCUCUGCCAAAGCCAGUGAUUUUUCAUUCCUCACCUUUCCGAAGAAGCUCUGGAAAAUUGUUGAAAGUGAUCAGUUUAAAUCAAUUUGGUGGGAUGAUGAUGGGAAUUGUGUAGUGAUUGAUGAAGACUCCUUCAAAAAGGAGGUGCUGGAAAGGAGAGGACCUCUGAGAAUUUUUGAAACUGACUGCAUGAAAAGUUUCAUUCGUCAGCUUAACCUUUAUGGUUUCAGCAAAAUGCGACAGGAUUUUCAAAGAUCUGCCUCACUUGCUGAAUUUCUAGCAGAGGAAAAAGCAGCUUCUGCUUUUAGCAAGUUACAGUUCUAUUAUAACCCAAAUUUUAAGAGAGGUUAUCCCCACCUGCUAGGAAGAUGCAAGCGAAGAGUUGGCAUAAAAACUAAACCAGCAGUUGCAUUCUCACUGAAUCAGGAUUUUAAUGAAAAUCACUUGAGAAGCGAGGGAAGAAGCCCUGAUGUUCAGUCUGCAUUUGGACUCGUCUCUGCAGAGGAGGCUGAUCUGUUCACAGCAGCUCCAAGGGAGAAGGCACCAACACCUGCCCCAAGGAAGGCCACAGUUAUCAAGGGACUCACGAAAGCACCUGGUCGAAUGAAAAGUGGUUUUGCAUCUUCUCAGGAAGCCUCCCUGAGCCUGUCGGAGCCUCCUGCAGCAGAAGCUGGGGACGAGUUAAAUCAGCUGGCCCCAUUCCUCUUGCCACAGCAGAGCAGCCCCGCUGAAGCGAGCGUGCAGGAUCCUGACUCCGCUACGCCUCCACCUUCCGCCUCGCUCUACCACCUUAUACCUCCUGUACCAAACAGUCCUUUCAGACCUGCCAUGGGUCUUCCUGCCUUUCCAUCCAUGUAUCCAGAUAUCUCAGCCAUGCAGGCUCACUGGGCUAGUCUGCUUCCCUUCUGUAACCCGUGGUUUUCAAUGCCUAUGAUUGCAGCAGCCGCUGCUAUUACUAUGUCAAGAUCAUCUCACCACCGCAAUCCAACGUACCACCACUGCCCUAGCUGCAACUGUCCUUCAAACAGUGCACCUGCUGGCAAAGGGGUUGGGCCCCAAGCUGCUGAAUAUACAGGAUAUCAUAGAUAA